UCGAUAUCGAAAGGCGGUAGCUGUAAACACUUCGGGAGAUGAGUGUCUCUUUGCUUUUUGACGAGGCGGCGUAUGAGAAGCUUUCUGAAGUUAAAAAACCUAUAUUUGUAUUUGACUGGCUAUGUUCACUGGAAAAAAGACUAGUGGCAGAAAACAGACAGGCCAUCAAGGAAUGCCAAGAGGAUCUGGUACAACAAUUAUUGUCCCACCUGACUCAUGCUCCUGGACGCCCAACACACAAGCUUUUGGGCCGUUGUUUCGCAAACCUCUUUUUAGUGGGAGACUCACUUUUACUUUAUACUGCCGUAAACACCUGUAACGCUCUAUUGAAAUCCCGAGAUGAUGGACCAGCGUGCAUCAAUAGUCGCCUAGCGGCAUUAAGCUGUCUCGGAACCAUAUACAAGCGCCUUGGACGUAUGAUUGGCCGGUCUUUUGAAGACAGCGUUCUCAUCAUGGUGAAGCUGAUUAAACAGUCCGAAUCACAAGUUCGAUGUGAAACUAUGAAUACAUUAUGCAAUUUGGUCGAAGGGGUUGGUUCAGCUAGUGCUGUAUGUCACAAAGAAAUAUACAAAGCGGUGAAGAUCUGCAUGACGGAUCGAGUACUUUACGUACGCGUUGCUGCAGUUAAAUGUCUUUACUUCCUGGUUGAUCAUUCGCAUUCAAUUCAUACCAAUGAAUUAGAAGCUACUGUGAGUUUAUGUUUACGGUGCAUGGAUGGAUCCAAUUAUGCAACUCGACUUGAAGCCUCACGUACUUUGGGACAUUUGUUAGCAAAAACUCAGCAUAAAAGGGUUGGGAACGCAGGAUCUGAUACAUCCGGCAGUGGGGCGGCUGGGACGUCUAAUAAUUCGCGGAGCAAACCUGUCUCACUUACAGAUGCAUUAUCAUUAUUGUCAUCAGGAUUUUUAAAAGGUCCAGGUGGAUUCUUAAAAGGUACCAGUGCUACUGAUAUGAUUAAAGGAACUAGUCCAGUUAAUCGAGAAGUUCGUGUUGGUGUAACUUAUGCCUAUAUUGAAUUUAUUGUCGAGAUGGGACCAUUAUGGUUGGAAACUAAUUUGUCAACUAUUCUGACACAUUUAGUGAACCUUUUAUUAAUUCCACGUGCUACACCUACUCAUGUUGAGGCUAUAUAUGCACGUCAAUGUAUACACUAUCUGUUGGGUACUGUAUUUCGACAUUUAUUAUCUGAAUCAAUUCAGUUGGUUGCAAUUAGUGAAUUGGUAAAGAUAUUAGUAUAUCAUUUACAAUAUUUACAAAACCUUCAUGUGAAUGAAUAUUCAAUUAACAAUGGUGAUAUAUUUCAACAGAUCUUCACCUCAUCCUCUUCUUCCGUAACACUAACUGCUAAUAAUAAUAAUGAUAAUAUAAAUGAAUUAUCAGAUUCAUUACCAAAUGAUAUUUUCACUGAAACUGGUAUCGACACUAAAAACGGAGAUAAUCAGACCAUUACUAGUAAUAUAAAUAAUUUAGAUAAUGUUAUGGAACCAGAGAAUGGAAAAGUGAAACGUAGCCUUGGACGUCAAGUUGCAACAGGAGCACAGACGACGACGAUAACAACAACAGCUACUACAGGUGGUAGUAGUUCACGUUCAAAUCGAGAACAACAACAUCAGCACUUAGUUAUUUGUGUGCUAGAUAUAAUUAGUCAAUUAAUUCGUUGGUUAGAUUCAUUAGUUGUGCAUAUAUUUAUGUUCUCAACGUGUGCAGAAAAAGAUCCAAAAUUACAAUCGACCGUAUUAAACAAUUCACCUAAUGCAUUAGAACAUGAUCCUUCUUAUUUAUAUUUACAUGAUGGUGUAAAUAAUUUACUGGUAACUGAUGUGACUUUGACAAAUUUGUUAAAUACUGAUGAUGAGAAUAAUGAAAAUCUAUCAUUAACAGCUGGAACACUGUUUCAUGGUCCAUCAGAUAUAUUAUUGAAUAAUAAUGGUAUUUUUACUACUCCUAAAUUUUACAAUAUUAACUCUACCUCAAACACUAAUAUUAAUCAUUUAUCACGUGGUCAUAAUCUUGGAAAUUUUGCCAAUUCUACACUUUCUUGUGCAUUACAAUUAACUGGAUCUAUGCCUGUUAGUGUUGCUGUCAUAGAUGCAUCAAUUGAAUUGUUUGGUCGUUUAUUUGCUUGUGUUUCUAUCCGUCAUCGUACACAAAUGUUAGAACAUUUUACUGAAUGUAUUCGUCUUACAAAGUCUGUACGUCAAGAAGCUGUACAAAUUAAUGUGUUUGCUGCUUUAUUAAGUGCAUUACGACAUUUAGCUGAAACAAAAUCUACAUUCGGUGAUGAUCCAGCGUUAAGAAAAGCUGCUACAAGCUUAAUUUUUGCUACUUUAACAAGUCCAAGUGUUAUACUACGUUGUGUUGCUGGUGAAUGUCUUGGAAGGCUUGCACAAGUUGUUAGUGAAUCUGGCUUUUUAGCAGAAUUAGCUCAGCAAAUUUUUGAACGUUUACGUGCUAUUCGCAAUCCGAUUUCAAGAGCUGGUCAUUGUUUAGCUAUUGGUUGUUUACACCGUUAUGUUGGAGGUUUAGCGUCUGGACAACAUUUAAGUUCAAGUGUUGGUGUAUUAUUAGCUAUUGCACAAGAUUCUAGUGUACCUGAAGUACAAGUUUGGGCGUUACAUGCUCUUGCAUUAGUUGCAGACUCAGGUGGUCCAUUAUUUAGAGAAUAUGUUGAACCAAGUUUAAAUUUAGUACUUCAGCUAUUAUUAAAAUCACCAGGUGCUAUGCAUGAAAUUCACAGAAGUCUUGGUCGUUUAUUUGCUGCUUUGAUUACUACUUUAGGACCUGAAUUACGUGGUACAAGCGAUAGUAUAACAUCUGUUCGACAUUCAUGUUUAUUAUGUUGUAUGAUUAUGCGUGAUUCAUCGGAUGCUCUACUACAAGCUGAAGGUAUAGCCUGUUUACAACAAUUACAUAUGUUUGCUCCAAUGCAUGUUAAAUUAACCGGUCUAGUUCCUGAAUUACAGAACAAUGUGUCUAGUUUUCAUUUGGUCUUAAGACGUGCAGCAUUAUCAUGCUUAAGACAAUUAAGUCAAAAAGAGGCUGCAGAUUUGUAUGGAUGUAUGUCAAUGGACGCUUCAUUGGAAGAGAAAUUUUCUCCUGUUCUCUCUUCAUUAUUGUCAACUACUUCCAAUAAAAAUGAUAUAAAUAAUCAUUCAAAAUCAACUACACCUACUACAAAAUUAGAAAUGCAAUUGUUUAGGUUACUUGAUGUUGAAAUGGACUAUCACUUACGUCGAGACAUUGAAGAUACACUAAUUGGAAUGUUACAUGCAACUGGUACCUCACAACUUUCAUAUUGGUUUACAUUAUUAAAAGAAGUAUUACAGGUUUCUACCUCACUCAAAACUGAUGUAACCAGUAAUAGUAGUAUUGCUUUAAACAAUUCUGCACAAAAAUCAUUGAAUACCAAUGAAUCAAACUCAACUGGAAGUGAUAAACUGUCUUCUGUUCAUAAUAAUAAUGAUAUAGACAUAGUGACUAUGUCGAAACGAAAUAGUCGUAUAGGUGAAGAAAAUGGUAGCGAGGCUGUUGAACCAGAAGACAAUGAAUAUGAAGAUGUUGAUAUCAAUUUCAAACCAAAACAGUCUAAUCAAGAAAUUAAUCAGUUAUUCAGUGUAAAAAUUGUGGCCAGGUGUUCGACACGAAUUUUCGCAAUCAGCUGUUUGCGUAUCCUGAUAUCUAGCUGUGCCAAAUUGUGUAAUGCAAUAUUUGUUAAUAAUUCUCUUCCGUCUGUGGAAAUAUCUGCCAAUGGUGAUGGUACUACUGAUAAUUUGAUCAUCAAUUCAAAGUCACUCGCUCAUUUCGAUUUAGCUAAAGCUAGAAUUCUACGCUCUCAAUCGGGGAAAUCCGAUUGGCUUAUUCUGUACUUAUCCGAUUUAAUUCGUGUGGCUUUUAUGUCUGCCACAUCGGAUAGUGAACGACUUCGUAUUACAGGUUUAAAACUUAUGCAAGAUGUUAUCCAGAGGUUUUCUUUAGUACCAGAUCCAGACUAUCCAGAUCAUGUUAUUUUGGAACAGUAUCAAGCUCAAGUUUCAGCUGCACUACGACCAGCAUUUGUGCAUAGUUCAUCGUUGAAUUCAUUCGACAAUACAACGAUUGCUCAAUCUUCAACUAAUAAUAAUUCCCUCUCAUCUAACCUAACUCAACCUAAUCCUGAACUAUUAUCUGUAGCAUGUCAAGUUUGCAGUACAUGGCUUACUUCUGGAGUUGGUCGUGAUCCAGAAGAUUUACGUCGUGUACAAGAUCUCCUUAAACAAGCACUUGAUAAGUUAAAACUUAACACAGUCACUGAUAUAUCUCCACAGACUGAACGAGUAGAAUCAUCUCAGUGGAUAUCUGAAAAUUCUACAAUCGUUGAAAAACUAUCUAUUUUAGCUGCUUGGGCUGAAGUUUAUAUUUUAAUAGCUGAACAAACUAAAAGAUAUGGAAAUAAAUUGCGUCAAAAGCAACAACAUCUAGUCACUAGUCAAUCAUCUCAGCCUUUAGAUGAUGAACAAUUGGCGGAUGAUGAAUCAGAUGAUCUGAUGAAUGGUGUGAACGAAAUUGAAGAUGAUUCCGACUAUAGUAUGAUCACUAAAGGAAUAUCAAUAGAAGAUAUCAAAUCAGCUGUUUGUAAACCGGAUCUUUAUGUUCAAUGGAGUAAUUCUAAAGAAGUAUCAAGUAAAUUUAUCUGUCAUUUAUUAACCAAAUGGAUUCAACCAAUUCUACCAAGUUUAAGUAAUGCUUGGUUAGAUUCAUUAAAAAAUUAUGCAUAUAUAUGUUUACCAGAGAAUUUAUCAAAUCAACACUUAAUCAUAAAUGGUAAACAUGUAUCAAAUGUCAAUAAUAGUUCUGUUAAUUAUAAUGUAAAUCAAAUACAUGGAUAUUAUGCUCGUUAUUGGCCUUGUAUGAUGUAUGCAUUAGCUUUAUGGUUAAGUAAUAAUGAAUUAUGCACAGAAGAGAUUGAUAUAAAUUUACCAAAGAAUGAAAUGUCUAAAACAGCUCGACAAUUCUUUUUAAUUCUAGGUAUGUGUGUAGAAGCAAUGUGUAAUCCAACAUCAAAGCAACCAAUAUCCAUUAUUCAUAUAUGCUUGCGUUGUAUUCUCUGCUUAUUAAAUAAAUCGAAAUUUCGUGCUUAUCUAAUGCAAUCAUCAACUGAAAUAUCUAUUGAAUUAUUACAAAUAUUACAUCGAAUUAUACUUACUCGAGAUUGCGUAGAAACACAUUUAUUGUGCUUAGCCAAUGUGAUUCACAUUUUGAUCGCUGCUAAUGAACGUUUAAUUAAAGAGCGUGAUAAUUGGUUAACUAAAGAAUCAACACAAAAUGCAUCGAGUAUGUUUAUUUCACCGGAAUCACAAAAUUCCACAACUAAUUGUAUGACAUCAAGUAUCAUGUUACAAACGACCGGUUUAAUUGAUGCUCAAUUAUAUGAGCAUGGUGAUGGAGGUUAUUUAGCAAAAUUCUUUGAUCGUGUCACCAAUAAUUAUAAUAUGGAUUCUGAUGACUGUCAAAUGAAUAACAAUAAUAAUAAUAAUAAUCAUAAAUAUGGUGAGAAAACAUUUGCUGGUUUACAUCCUGAACGAUCAAUUGUAUUUACAUGUUUAGAAAUUGUUGUUUGUAUAGUGGCACGUUAUCAACCACAAAUUAUUCAACAAUUUCGUCUAUUCAAUACUAAAGAUGAUAUUGAGUGUAAAAAUCAUAUUAUUCCAGAGACAACAUGCUCUUCCGAUGUAAAUGCUCCAUUGGUUCUAGCUACAGCUUUGAAAUGUUUAAUCCCAUUAAUUGAUCUAUGCGCUCCAAGAACUCUUUUGAGUACAUUAAGACUUGCUAAACAAAAUUCAAAUUCUCGAUCCAGUGAUUGUGUAAAUAAUAAUAUGAAUGUAGAAAGUGAAACAAAUCAAUCGAAUACGCCAACACAAAUAUCAAACGGUCAACAUGAAUGUCUAUUACCAAUUCUAUUAGAUUUAUCUCAAGAAAUAACAAAGAGUUUAUUGUUAAAACCAAUUCAAUGUUCAAUUGUGAAGAAUUAUUUUGUUAAUGAUCAGUUACAAAUAAAUAAAUCAAAUCAUAACCACUGUAUCAAUAAUAAUAAUAAUAAUAAUAAUAAUAAUAAUAAUAAUAAUAAUAAUCUAUCCACAUUGAAAUCCUAUGAUUUAACAUGCCAGUCAUCGAAUCUAUUCACUUCUUAUUUAAUGAAUGAAGAUGAAACAGAAAUUUCAUCAACGACAACUAAUUUAUCUGUUGGUAUAGCUAAUGCUAAUUCUAAUGAAUUAUUAACACCAAUCAAAUUAAAUCAACAAAAAUAUCAACAUUAUUAUUAUGAUACUAACUAUUUGAUUGGUUGGAAUGAACAAUUAUCUGAAUUAGCUGAAAUUUAUAUAAUAUUAAUACAAAAAUUAGCAUCACAUCAUUAUCCUGCUUUAGCAUCAGUUUCACGUAAUCCAAAUUUAAAUGGAAAUAAUUAUUCAAUGGUUUUAUCACAAACUACUGAAAUCCAACCAGAUAGUAGUAGUAUUACUACAAAUAUAAAAGAACAGUGUAGUGAUUCAAUGAAUUCUGACUCAAAUCAAUCCUCAACUAUGGAUUCAAUAUCUAAUGCAUACAUAGAAUGGUAUCAUUUAAUUUCAACUCACCUUAUAUCAAUUCUUCGUCAUGAACAUGUGAAUGAAACAGAAGAUGAUAAUUCUUCACUACCUAGAUGCUGCUUAGCCUCAUCUUAUCUAGUCAGUCGUAUAUGUAGCAGCUGUCCUAUUCAAAUUUUUAAGUCAUCAGAAUUAGUCAAUGAACUUAUAGCACUUCUUUGUCGUGGAUGGUCUGCCUCUCCAAUUUCUCACAAUCAACUAUCAAAUGGUGAAAUGACUGAAGAUUCUAAUCCAUUGGAAAAUCCAUUUAUAAUGAAUAUUUCUACAUUAUUUGAUUCGAAACUUUUGAAAAAUCGAAUAAUAUGUCUAAGAUCAUUUGAAUUAUUGUGCAAUCAUCAUGAAUCUUCAAUUCGAUCUCUGUUUAUCAAAACAUUAACUCCUCAAGUAUUUCAUUGGCUAUAUGAUCUAACCAAUAUAGUUGAAAUGUAUUCAUCUAAACAAGAGAAAGUAAAUGGAUCAUCUGAUGUAUUCAAUAAUCAAAUUAAUGUCAAUGAACUUGUCAUGUGUUUAAAUGGAGCAUUUGAUUUACUAACUACAUUAAUUCGUAUUGUAGAAAGUUCAAAUCGUCAAGUUUUGUUAUUAAUUUAUCUACCAUUAUUAUGUAAUCUACUUACAAAUGAAUCAUCCAUUAUAUUAAAUCGAUUAAAUUUGAAAAAUAAUUCAAUGUCUAUUAUGAAUUCAUCAGAUUUAAUUUAUUUCAUACAUAUAACUACAUUGAAACAUAUAAUUGCAAUAGCUCCAUGUUAUCCAAAUGAAUUUCGUUCAACAUUUCAAAUUUUAAAUGAUUUUAAACUACGUUUGGAAAAUGCCAUUAAAUUCUCUACUCCAUUAAUUAAUAACAAUAAUAAUAAUAAUCAUGAUUACAGUCAGUCAAAAUCUCAAUUAAUCAAUGAUAAUUCAUUGAUUCAUAAUAAUCAAACUAUUUCAAAACAAUCUCAAUCGAAUUUACCAACAAUUAAGUUGAAAACAGAUUUUAGUAAUUUCACAUGAAGAAUAAUGUGAAACAGUCACUUUUUUUUCUUUUCGUUGUAAUGAUGAUUAUGAUAAUUACUACCUUCAUUUUAAUAAUAAAAUUAAUUCAUCAUAAUCAAUCUAUAAAAUUUAUUUUGUAUGUAACAAGUUAUUGUUUUAUUUUGUUGUUGUCCAAUUUGUUUAAUUAUUUUAUUCUAGCUUUAUUGCUUAUCCUUUUCUUUUUAUCAUGGAGAUUUGGUGAACUCUGUGACAUUAUCACAUGACUAUUGUAUGCCACUUGUAAUACUUACUAAUGCUACUUGAUAUGCAUUUUUAUCCGGUUAACUUAUAGCUGCCUUCCUUUCGUUAUAUGUUACUUUUUAAAUGUCUCUUCUUUCUUAUCUUUUUUUUCUUAACUUUGAAUAUUUGUUCUGUAGCUUCAGUAUAUUUGUCCAUAAACACGGACGGAAUAACAGUAGACAAAGAAAAGAGGCGAAUGCAUGUUGUUUGAAUUGGGCUUAUUGUUGUUGGCCGGAUCAUUUCAUUUAUUAUCUCAGUAUAAUGUAAUCUUAUGUAUUACAAGUAGCAUUAUUUAUUGAAUAUUAAAUAAACUAGGUAAAUAUGAGGGAAACUUCAUGAAUCUAUUAUGCACCUAUUUUAUUUUCAAAGAUUAUUUCACAUCUCAUAAUAUCCAUCCAUUAAAACAUGUGGUCUUCCACACAUACAAACUGUGUAUACUGUAUUUUUGAUUGUCUUUCGCGCUAAAUAAGAAAAAAAGCAUUGCAUCCUAUAUAUAUUUCAAAAAUUCUGUGUGUGAACGUUUAGUUGGUUAUAAUGUGUAUAGUGAUUUCCCUCAUUGUGAUAAUUAUUUUACAUUGUUAUUGCUUUUGUUGUCAGCAUCGUUAUUUGUUGCAUAACAGUUUUCUUUUUGGCUUUUCAUAUAUCUUUUCUUUUCUACAAACUAUGUGUAGUGAUAAUACUUGGAAUUUAUUUAUUAAAUCAUGUUAUUCUGUGUUUUAAAUCUGUCUUCUUUCAAGAGAUGCUUUGAAAAAAAACUCACAAGAAACCAUUGUAGGCACUUAUUUCUGUCAUAAUGCAUUAUAUAAUAUGAGAAAAUCUUUCAUGAUACUCAUUCUUUUUUUUGCCAUGUAUUAACAAAUCAUAAUGACGGAAUGUUUUAUUGUGUUUUGAACAAAUAUAUUUAUUUAUUUAUAUCAAUAAAAA